AUGGAAAUUGAAAAAGAAGGUAUUCUUGAAAAAACUCAGGAACGUGAACUUUUGGAAAAAGGUAAGAAUUGUUUUUUUGAAAUAGUUAAGUCAUAUCGUAAAAUGAUUAGAACAAUCAAACAAGAUGAUUCAGAAGAAAAUAAAUAUCCAAUGGUUUCAAGUCUUAAAGUUCAAACUGAAAUUACAAAAAUUACUCAAAACUUUGAAAAAAUUCAAAUUAUUCUUAAUGAGUCGAUGACUCAACAUCUUUUACGUGAAGAUUUUGGUAGAAGUGAUAGAUUUUUUUCUCAUAGAAAAACACUUGAACAAACACAAAAAAAGCUCAACUUAUUCCUCACAACUUUAGAAUAUUUUAGAGGUCAAGGAGAAGGGUUACUUGCUGAAUGUGAAAGUGCAACAAUUUAG